CCCCCCUCCCCCUGGCCAGAGUGGGGACCACGGAGCGCCGGCGCGACUGCGGCAAAGUGUGAGAGGCAAGAACAGCGCUAGCUUAGCACUGAUCAAGGGGAAGCAAGUGGCGGAGAACUGGGGGUUAGCCCACUCAGGACGGUAGCUGCAGCUAGUCUCACUAGCUAUUGAGAGGCAAGCGAAAUCUAAAGUAAUAGAAGUUACAGUAAGGGACGUGAAAUACAGAAUAUCAUUGGAACUGACAGGCAAUUAUUAUAACAUAAUUUUGCUAGAUAGCUAGCGAUAGUCACGAUCGAUCUGUGCUUCUGAUCUGAAACGUUGCCUUGCAUACUCCAGACAUUUAACGUCUUUUUUGGGUGGAGUGUCGGUGUCAGCUCAUUUAGAAGCUAACGUUUUGGCUGGCAAGCAUUAAACGUUUGCGCUUCUGCGUUGGGUAGUUGGCUACACCUCGGUGUAUGCGUGUUCAGCCGGUUCACAGUGUCCAGUGAGUCAGUCUAUAGUCGCUAGUAUGGUGGACAGGGAGCAGCUCGUGCAGAGAGCCCGCCUGGCGGAGCAGGCUGAACGAUACGAUGACAUGGCCUCUGCGAUGAAACUGGUGACGGAGCUGAACGAGCCGCUGUCCAACGAGGACCGCAACCUGCUGUCCGUGGCCUACAAGAACGUGGUGGGGGCGCGGCGCUCCUCCUGGCGGGUCAUCUCCAGCAUCGAGCAGAAGACCUCGGCCGACGGGAACGAGAAGAAGCUGGAGAUGGUGCGGGCGUACCGCGAGAAGAUCGAGAAGGAGCUGGAGUCGGUGUGCCGGGACGUCCUGUCGCUGCUCGACGGCUUCCUGGUGAAGAACUGUGGCGAGGCCCAGUUCGAGAGCAAGGUCUUCUACCUGAAGAUGAAGGGCGACUACUACCGCUACCUGGCGGAGGUGGCGGCGGGCGAGAAGAGGGCCGCCGUGGUGGAGUCUUCGGAGGCCUCCUACAAGGAGGCGUUCGAGAUCAGCAAGGAGCACAUGCAGCCCACCCACCCCAUCCGCCUGGGCCUGGCGCUCAACUUCUCCGUCUUCUACUACGAGAUCCAGAACGCGCCCGAGCAGGCCUGCCACCUGGCCAAGCAGGCCUUCGACGACGCCAUCGCCGAGCUGGACACCCUCAACGAGGACUCCUACAAGGACUCCACGCUCAUCAUGCAGCUGCUGCGGGACAACCUGACCCUGUGGACCAGCGACCAGCAGGACGACGAAGCUGGGGAGGCCAACAACUGAGCCCCUAAACCCCCCCCCCCCCCCAAUCCUGCCACCUGGUACUAGCUACAAUCCCCCCUACCCCCCUGCCCCCAAAUACCCUUUCACCCUCCCACCUUCCUCUGUAUCCCAUUCUCAUUCUUUAUCUUUCUCUGUUUCUCCCUCUCUCUGUCCUCUGUCUCUCUGUCUCCUUAGGAAAACAAACUCAUAUGUGUCUCCCCCCCUCCUUUCCCCCUCGUCCCACACCCCCCUACCCCCCCGCAACCCUUCAUAUUUAUCCUUGCUCCCAGGAUUCUUCCUCUCCAUCUCCUCCUCCUCCUCCACCCCUGUGUGAAUCAUGGUUGUCGUGUGUCCUCCCACAUGUCUUGAAAGGCACCAAACGCACCCCCCCGCCUUUGCGUGCACACUCGCUAACCGCGUAUUACGUGCGUCUCCUUGUCUGCCAUCCCAGAGCUCGGUGUCUUUGUCGCAAGCAGUUUGUUCUGGAAUUUUCCGUAGGCCAAAAGCCUUCUUCUGGCCCAGUAAAACUACAAAUGUCCCACAGCACAUUCAACCUUUACUGUGGGAAGUGCUUUAUUUGGGGGUGGGGCAUAUUUCAAGUGCUUUGUAGAAUAUAUAAAUGUGUACGAAACAAAGAAA